CUGAACUCAAGCGCCGCUGCCAUGUUUCCAGCAUGAAAAACCUUUGAUUUGCGCAACGCCGGGUCGGUACGGAGGCCCCCUAGCUCAGCCUCCCAGCUCAGGCGCGUAAGGUUCCCAUCGGGCACAUUGCAAAUUGUACACAAUCAUUAUGGCGGAUCAGGAUGGGCGAGGAGUAGAAAUGGAGAGUGAGGACCCGGUGCUGUCUGAGACUUUAAGCGAAGGGGAUGCCGCGUCCUGCGAUCAAGCCUCCAAGACAGACGGUGAAAACUCCGCAUCUCAGGACACCGCUGUCAGUAACGGGGGCGACGGCGACGGCGCCGAUGACGAAGGGAAAGAGAUGGUGGACUUGAAAGUUAUUUGGAACAAGAACAAGUACGAUCUAAAAUUUCCUUUGGAUGGAACGGGAGCCAAACUGAAGGAAAGAAUUCAUUCACUCACAGGUCUUCCGCCUGCUAUGCAAAAAGUCAUGUACAAAGGACUGCUUCCCGAGGACAAGACUCUGCGGGAAAUUAAAGUAACAAACGGUGCAAAAAUAAUGGUAGUGGGUUCUACAAUUAAUGAUGUCCUAGCAGUAAACACACCUAAAGAAGUUAUUCAGCAAGAAGUAAAGGCAGAGGAAAAUAAAAAGGAGCCUUUAUGUCGACAAAAGCAACACAGAAAAGUACUGGAUAAAGGAAAACCUGAAGAUGUAAUGCCAUCAAUAAAAGGAGCAAAGGAGCGCUUACCAACAGUGCCUUUAUCAGGAAUGUACAACAAAUCGGGCGGGAAGGUGAGACUCACAUUCAAACUGGAGCAAGACCAGCUGUGGAUCGGAACCAAGGAGAGAACGGAGAAGAUUCCCAUGGGCUCCAUUAAGAAUGUGGUCACUGAACCAAUAGAAGGUCACGAGGACUAUCACAUGAUGGCGUUUCAGCUGGGUCCAACGGAAGCGUCUCAAUACUGGGUCUACUGGGUGCCUGCGCAGUUUGUCGACGCAAUCAAAGACACAGUCCUCGGAAAGUGGCAGUAUUUUUAAAACGUGCCUCCCCCCCUCCUCCUGAUACAGAACAAAUCCAGGAAAGAAACAUGAGAGAAAUGAAGUCGUCAAAAGUGACGGUGAGCAGCCCCCCCCCUCCCCCCCCAAGGAACUUUUCACUAUGAAACUGAAAUGAGAGGAAAAGAAUGGAGAGAGCAGGACUACUGCGGAACGCACUGCAUUCUGGGAGCGGGUGGUGGCAGUGUCCUUUUAUUGGCUGAUGUCAUCACUUCUUUUCUUUUUCUUUUUUUAUUUUGUUUUAAAGCAAACCUGGCAAGGAAACUAAAAGUAUAUAUAGGGUGUGGAUUCCCUCCCAGGUAUUGACAAAUAAAGCUUAUUUAAGAAAAAAAACUGAAACUAAAAAGAGCUCUAGGACAUUACCAUGGGGUAUAUUUAUUUCUGUAUCACUACCCAAGCAAGCUUGCCAAAGUGUAUUAAAGAUUGGCCUGUAUUAGAUUAAUCUUUGCUCAUCAGCCAAACAAAGACUGGGUGUGACUUGGCAUUUAAAUCUGCUGCCACAGUACAGGAUGUCUGCAUUUUAAACCCUAAUAUUCAGUAAGCUGACAGUCAACUAUGGCAACUGUGCGUCACAGGGACACACAGAUUAGUCUGUCUGUAUAGUUUGCAAUGCUGUCAUUUAUGUGGGAAAACUGGUUAUUGCUUUUAUAGGAAAGCAAAACUAAAUAGCGCAUUUUACUGGAAGAUAACUUGACCUCGUCUUGCCACUUGAGUUUCGAAACCAUUAAUCGCCCUUCGGGAUUAGCUUAGUACAUUUAAGACGGGAGUUUCUGCAUCGUCUCUUGGGUUCUUUGAUGUGAUCAGGGAGGUAACCUUUCUAAAAUAGUUUUGUUACAGUUUUGUAUUUUCAAGCGUAGUCGCGAGGAACGUCCGCCAUGUAGCGAAGCUGGUUUGUGCUGUUGACUGAUGAAGGGAGUGGCUGAUUCUGGACUUCUCGUAAGUGGGCCGUCCUUAUUAUUUGUAAAUCUAAUGCAUGUCAUAAGACCUCAGAUGACUGACCUUUCGACGGAGUUCACCUUCUUAACGCCAAACUAAAAAAGGGCGCAGGAGGUCAGUUUCUUUGACGCGCAUCACACGUUUUGCGCUCGUCCCAAAUCGGCUAAAUUGUGAAAUUUAGCACUCUCGAAUCCGUGAAAUUUAGUACUCUCGGGAAUGAAGAACAAAGCACCAUGGCAGUUGGAUAACUGCCCGACAGUCCUGUUUGCCAGGAUGCUUAAUCUAAAAUGGAGGCGGCAGUGCAGUUGUGAGUCCGUGCAGUUUCAUGAACUCCGUAAUGGAGGGAGCGGCAGGCAGCUGUCCAUCACUGACUUGCCUGAUGUAGUCCCAUCCAUAGUAAAAUUGCAAAGUCCCGCUCUCCGACCAGGGUCGGAAAAGGUGCAGUUAGACUUGCAUUUCGCGCAUUCCUCUGGCUUGAUAAACCCAGGUGCAGUGUUAAUUAACGCCGUUUUGGAUCAAAAAGCAGUCAGCUGACCAGGCGGUUCUAGGAUGUUUUAAUGGACAUUUAGUUCAUUUCAAGCUACUGUCUGCUAAUGGCUGCCGCUGUCUCUGUGAUUCGACACUUUUACAUCCUGAGUUCGACCUGACCGAUCUGCUGCACCGACUCGUAACUCUUUGUAAUGGAAAGAGUCGCUUAAUUUGCUAAGUGUGGCUUUGAUUUGGACUACGCAGUCUUCGCUCGGUAAUGUUGUGAAGUUUUAGUUUUGAGAACCUGCCGACGUUUCCUCGUCUGAUUUCGGGGUUUCGAGCUGAAGUGGGUUUCAGUGGAUGCGGAAGGGUUGGUCACUUUUUUAAAAAGCUUGAAUUUCAAAUUCUGAAUCCAGCCACUAUAAACGAUCUUUUUUUUAUUUGAAAUACUCUGAUUUUAGGAGUACCUUUGAGAGAUGGCCAGGUUUAUGCAGAAGAUCUCUGUUCAGUUUAUUUAUGAAGGGUGUACGCCAAUGUGUUUCAUGCAAACCUUUCAUGUGAUCUAUGUAAGAGGUGGGCAUGUAGCAUUAAUACCCGUCCUAUAUAAUGGUAUGUUAAACCUCUCGUUAUUAUAAUGAUGUACUAAGAUUCCAGGCCUUUCACAGUCAGUUCCUUGGACAUUUUCUAAUUAAUAUAUAGGAAGAAUAUUCAAAUUUAUGAUUAUAUUUCCAGAGAUUAUAAUAUAUGUUAGCACCAUUUCAAAAGUCAAAGUUAAAGACUUCUUAAAUAAUCCAGCUGUGAUGCUCUAAGCACACAGGCCUCAUUUCCCGCCCUUAUAUUUAUGAAUAGGCCUCCGUUCACCUCUCACAGUGUAGUUUGUCCCUCGGUUUGAAUAACAUUUUACUUUGUUACUGAAAGGGUCUCUCCUGAGUUCAGCAGUUGCUCAGUUGUUUUGAAAAUGUGCACAGUGAUAAAGUUCGGCACUUAAAUGAGUUUUUGAGUGUAAGAGCAAAUCAUUUUCAGUUUAGUUUGAAUCCUCCUCUCCCCCCCCCCCACAUUGGUUUUAACAAAAUGAGAACAAUGAGGACAUUACACCCUCUUAUUCACAUUUGGUAACAAACCAGGUUGAAUAGGUGGACUUUUAUUUUGAAAUGAUCCCUCUUUGCAUUCCCGUAGAAAUCCAACAGCAUUUUCCCAUAAUGACAGCUAUAUCAUAACAAGUGCACAAUGACGGCUAAAUUAUAACAGGUGCACAAUGACAGCUAUAUAUAAUGUGCACAAUGAUGACUACAUCACAAGAAGCGCACAACGACGACUACAUUAUACCAAGUGCACUCUGAGGGUUGUGAAUAUCAUCGGAUCUUGUUUCUCUAUGACAUAAGCUAGCCUUGCUAAAGGAAUCCAGAGUUCAGGCUUAACAUCUGGCUGUUGCUGUCUGUUAGCACAGGACUCAAAACUGAUGUUUAGUCAAGUAUUAAAAUUCAACAGCCAUUAAUCACUGAUAUUAAAUUGUUCUGUGGUAUGAAAAAAAUAAAAACUAUUUAUUUGUAUGAACAGCUUUAAUACUAUUUAUUAGUGAUAGCUUGGUCUUUAAGAACACUGUUAAAUGGAUCGAUUCCUUCCUUCCUGACGGGCUCCUGCUGAAUGCACACCCAGUAUUGUACGGCCCAUCCGGUGUGUCUCUUAGGUACAGUAAACAUGUAGCAGCGGGCUGAGGUGUUUUUACAGAAGUGUCCCGGUAGCCACACCUCCUGCUCACUUCUCAUUGGCCAAAGAACAGCGUCAGCUCUGCUCCGUCUUACUAACGGACGAAGUCGCCGUCAGCGAGCAGCACCUCGCGUGGGUCGUCUCUCACGCUCAUAGCUACGUUUCGUCGAGUAAUAUGAUUUUUAUUAUUUUUUCAGAGCCAAUUCACUUGCACAUGGAUGUUUACCAUCAGAAACCUUAUAUUGUUAUUUUGAAUUAAAUUUUUAUUUUUUUAAUUCAAAAUAACAAAAUUUUUUUUUUUUUUUUUGCAUUCUGCUCAUAUAAACAUUGCAUACAGAGUAGCCUACUGGCAGUUAUGAAAUAUUAUUUGUUCAUCAUCCUUUUCCUGGCUCUACUAACUAUGGGCUGACUGAGUGCCAUUACCUAGGGGAGGUGAUAUAAAAAGAAGGCAUCUUUUGUAGUUUACAUUCACGUGUGCAUUCGGAGCAGUAAAAUGGUUGUAAAAUGGGAUUGUUCGAACAGCUCAGUUGAUGUGCACUGCUGGACAUAACAGAAUAAACUACUUUUGUUUUA